AUGUGGUUGCUGCGUUCUACGCUCUGGGAAAGUGUGAGGGGCUUACCACGUGGGCUGGAGCUUCGGGCGCUCGGAGGGGAUGAGUGUGUUUUUGGCGUGGUGUUGCGCGCGCGUGCGCUCGACCUGUAAAGGUGUUUGAGUGGGGAAAAAUCGAUGGGGUUGUUUGCCUGUGGCAAGAAUUCCCACUGCAGUGUCCCGACACCUGCGUGUGGAUGAGCCCCUCGGACGGCACCUGAGACGGAGUAGGAGAGUCUCGAAGACGCAGCUCAGGCAGUGGGAACAUGAAUCUCUUACCUAAAAGCUCCAAGGAGUUUGGCUCCGUCGAGUAUUGGGAGAAGUUCUUCCAGCUGCGAGGAAAGAAAGCUUUCGAGUGGUAUGGAACCUACCUGGAACUGUGCGGGGUGCUACACAAAUAUAUCAAGCCCAGAGAAAAGGUGCUGGUGAUUGGGUGCGGCAACUCAGAGCUGAGCGAGCAGCUGUACGAUGUGGGCUAUCAGGAUAUCGUGAACAUUGACAUCAGCGAGGCUGUCAUCAAGCAAAUGAGGGAACACAAUGCCAGCCGGCGGCCCCACAUGAGCUUCUUGAAGAUGGACAUGAUGCAGAUGGAGUUUCCCGAUGCCUCGUUCCAGGUGGUGUUGGACAAGGGCACCCUGGACGCUGUCCUGACAGACGAGGAGGAGAAGACCCUGCAGCAGGUGGACAGGAUGCUGGCUGAGGUUGGCCGUGUCCUGCAGGUGGGCGGUCGCUACCUCUGCAUCUCCCUGGCACAGGCUCACGUCCUGAAGAAAGCAGUGGGUCACUUCGCUGGGGAGGGGUGGAUGGUGAGGGUGCACCAGGUGGCCAACAGCCAGGACCAGGUGUUGGAAGCAGAGCAUCGCUUCUCCCUACCCGUUUUUGCCUUCAUCAUGACCAAGUUCAGACCAGUCCCUGGCUCUGCCCUGCAGAUCUUUGAGCUGUGUGCUCAGGAGCAGGGCAAGCCUGUGCGGCUGGAGAGUGCUGAGCGGCUGGCUGAGGCGGUGCUGGAACGGCAGCAGUAUGCCUGGCUGUGCAGCCAGCUACGCCGCAAGGCUGGGCUGGGGAGUGUGUCUCUGGACUUGUGUGAUGGGGACACGGGGGAGCCGCGCUACACCCUCCACGUGGUGGACAGCUCCACUGUGAAACCAUCGAGGGACAAUCAUUUUGCCAUUUUCAUCAUCCCCCAGGGCCGGGAGACCGAGUGGCUCUUCGGCAUGGAGGAGGGUCGGAAGCAGCUGGCGGCCAGUGCAGGCUUCAGGAGGCUGGUCACAGUGGCCCUUCACCGAGGUCAGCAGUACGAAGGCAUGGACAGCAUCCAGGCCGAGCUGUCGGCCAGAGUCAUGGAGCUGACCCCGGCGGGGAUGCCCGCCCAGCAGCAGGUGCCCUUUCUGUCUGUGGGUGGGGACAUUGGCAUCCGGACGGUCCAGCACCGAGACUGCAGCCCUAUGAGUGGUGACUUUGUCGUUGAGGAUGUGCAGGGGGAUGACAAGCACUUCUUCCGGCGGCUCAUCUUCCUCAACAACAGGAACGUGGUGCAGUCAGAAGCCAGGCUGCUCAAGGAUGUGUCUCACAGAGCCCAGAAGAAGCGCAAAAAGGAUAGGAAGAAGCAGCGGCCUGCUGACACGCCAGAUGCGGUCCCUGCAGCUAUUGACAAGAGUUACCUCUGCUGUGAACACCACAAAGCCAUGAUCGCUGGCCUCGCCCUGCUGAGAAACUCGGAGCUGCUCCUAGAGACCCCACUGGCAUUGUUGGUGGUAGGCCUGGGUGGGGGCAGCCUCCCCCUCUUUGUCCACGAUCAUUUCCCGAAGUCCUGCGUUGAUGCUGUGGAGAUUGACCCCUCUAUGUUGGAAGUGGCCACCCAGUGGUUCGGCUUCUCUCAGAGCGACCGGAUGCAGGUCCACAUCGCAGAUGGUCUGGACUAUGUCACCAGCCUGGCGCGAGGAGGAGAAGCACGGCUUCGCUACGACGUCAUAAUGUUUGACGUGGACAGUAAGGACCCAACACUGGGAAUGAGCUGCCCACCCCCAGCGUUUGUGGACCAAGCUUUCCUGCAAAAUGUCAAAAGCAUCUUGACUCCUGAAGGUGUCUUUAUCCUCAACCUCGUGUGCCGAGACUCUGGGCUGAAGGACUCAGUGCUAGCGGGGCUCAAGGCAGUAUUCCCCCUCCUGUAUGUCCGGCGAAUUGAGGGUGAAGUCAACGAGAUCCUCUUCUGCCAACUGCACCCGGAGCCGAAGCUUGCUGCACCGGAGCUCCUGGAAACGGCCCAGGCCUUGGAGCGGACCCUGAGGGGGCUCGGGAGGGGCUGGGAUGACACGUACGUCCUCUCAGACAUGCUCAAGACCGUGCAGAUUGUGUGAUUGCUGAGGCCAGGUGUGCUCUCCGUGCUGUGAGAGUGUUCGUCAGAAUAGUUGGUGGCUUAGGCUGUUAACACGAACCCUGGUCUGACUCUGCGCGGCCUCUCCCUGCGUGGUAAGGAAAGGGUUUUGUCUGUGGGGGCAGAGCUAUCUGUGCCACUGGAGAGUUCACAGGCCAAUGGGUCUUUACCGGAAUUCUGCCCAAGUUUAGGCAUGAAGACUUUGGAGAAGGGGAGGGUUGUAAACUCAAGGGCUUACCAAGCCAGGCAAGUAACUUAAAUAUGUGAAGCAAACCAGAAGUAAAACAGGGUAGGAUGAGACCUGUGGCAGCCUGGAGAGUGAAUGCCCAUGUAAAGACAACAGCUGAGGGUUGUCCUGCUGGAAUGCUGUCCCAGUGUAGCUAGACAAGCCAGACAUCGUGUGUGUGUGUGCAUGUGUAACAGGGAGACAGAAAUAUCUUGGUAUUAAAAUCUUGGCCAAUAAAACACAUUUUCAAGGCACGUUCGGCCUGUGACUUCCACUGUCAGGAGACAGCCCAGGCACUCAGUGAGCAUGAAAUGAGGAACAAGCUGUAGCUACCAGUCACAGCCCUCAAAGAUAGCCUAGCGAGACCCAUUUCAGACUUCCAAACCACAGAAUUCUGAGGUAAUAAAUUUGUCUUGUUUUAAGCCAAUAAGUUUGUUUUAAUUUGUUAUAGCAGCAAAAGGAAACAGAUACACCCGGGAAACUAAAAACUGCUUAGACUUGGGCCCCACCUCUGUGAGAUUUUGAUUUCAUUGGUCCAGGGAGCAGCUUCUAUGUCUGAAUUUUUAGAUACUUUCUGGA